CCAUGAGGCCACGCGAUACGGAAGAGUUUUAAGCUCAGAUUCAGACGUGUUCAGCUGAGUUUGUGUUGAAUCAGAAGAUCUCCUAUAAGACACAACAACUGCUGCUUAUUUGCAAAUAUGCACACAUCAGAAAUACACUUUAUUAAGUGACACAUUUUCCACCGAGUUUCUGUCUCCAGUCGCCAACAUGGGGACUGCUUUUGCCAUGGUUCUGGUUUUUGUUGGAUGUUGUAGCAAUGUGGUGUCUCUAGAGCUGCUUGUAAGACAGUUUCCAGGAUGUGGCAACAUAGUCACCUUCGCUCAGUUUGUCUUCAUCGCAUUAGAAGGUUUCAUCUUUGAAACAAAAUUUGGAAGGAAGAAACCAGCGAUCCCUAUCCGUAACUAUGUGAUCAUGGUGACCAUGUUCUUCACAGUCAGUGUGAUCAACAACUACGCUCUCAACUUCAACAUCGCCAUGCCGUUACACAUGAUCUUCAGAUCGGGAUCGCUAAUCGCCAACAUGAUCCUGGGAAUAAUCAUCCUGAAGAAAAGGUAUUCCACAAGUAAAUAUCUGUCUAUAGCUUUAGUUUCAGCAGGUAUCUUCAUCUGCACCAUCAUGUCUGCCAAACAAGUGAAUAUGGCCAAUGAGGGAUCAGAAGAGGAAGGCUUUUAUCCAUUCAUGCGCUGGCUUAUAGGUAUCGGCAUGUUGACUUUUGCUCUGCUGAUGUCUGCGAGGAUGGGCAUCUUCCAGGAGACGCUGUACAAGCAGUACGGAAAACACUCCAAGGAAGCCCUCUUCUAUAACCACUGCCUACCUCUGCCGGGCUUCCUGCUUCUCUCCACGGACAUCUACAACCACUGUGUCUACUUCAGUCAGAGCACUCCUACAGUUGUUCCAGCGGUUGGACUGACUGUGCCGAUAAUGUGGCUCUACCUCCUGAUCAACGUCAUCACACAGUAUGUGUGCAUCCGCGGUGUUUUCAUUCUGACCACGGAGUGCGCCUCGCUGACCGUCACUCUGGUGGUGACCCUGAGAAAGUUCCUCAGCCUCAUCGUCUCCAUCAUGUUCUUCCAAAACCCCUUCACCGCGUGGCACUGGGUGGGCACGGCGGUGGUCUUCCUGGGCACUCUGCUGUACACGGAGGUGUGGAGCAGCGUGCGGGCAGCUCUGCGGGGACCUGACGUUAAGGAGAAGAAGGCAGAGUAGAAGAAGAAGAAGAAGAAGAAGAAGAAGAAGAAGGCGGCGGCGGGACUGGUGGUCAAAUAGAAAAGCAGCCACUGUGAUGGACUUAGAGAUUGUUUAUGGACGACUAUCCCGCAGCAAUGUUAUACAGUUCUGUAAUUUUGUUUAGCCUAUAGUAAAACACACACACACACACACACACACACACACACACACACACAGUUUACAGGACAAGGCUGGUGAUCUUGAGGUCUUACAUUAAAGUAAAUUGAAUAUUUUUGGGCUUUGAACUGUUGUUUCUGAUCUUUCAUAGACCAAAAGAUUAAUCGGUAAAAGUAAUCUGCAGAUGAAUCUAUAAUAAAAAAGUAAUUGUUAGUUGCAGCCUUACUGUACAUUUGUUAAUGUUGUGUUCACAGCUUGUUGUGGCCAACAAAUCUGUUAUAGCAGCUGUAAAAACGGGUUUCAUUAUUUAAAAAGGUUGAAUAACACAGCUGGGUUCUGGAGUUUAUCAAACGGGACUAAACAGUGCAUUUGUUGUGGACUAUUUCCAGCCGUGGAUUAAAAGACAAUUGGUGCCCUAAUGAGUAUUUACAGCAGCAGGACCCAUAAUGAGGAAUGUGUCGUGUAGCUCUUUGUCUUUUAAUGUGAUUGGUUGAUAAUAAAAAAUGUAAAUAUAGAAUAUCACCAGCCCUGUUCUUUAAUGUUAGUCACAGAUGCAAAAUCAUGGUGCGACUUUGUAAAAUGAUUUUAAUAUUUAUUUUCUACAUGUGACGGCUAAUUUACUCCAUUAGCACUGAUACUGACUUCCAUCAGUACAAUGAACACAUGAGAUGCUGAAUAGACAAAAUACUGUUACUAUAUUAAUGUUUCACGAGCAGCUGGAAACUGUUUGAUUAUUAUUAUUAUGUUGUAAUAUUUUGUCCUCAUGUGUCAAACUGUCUCAGGUGUAUCGCGUCAGUAUUUGUCAACAGGAAACGUCACAUUGUGCUGUACAAUAAAUCUUUACACUCCCUGCACAC